GGACGGCUGAGUCCCGUUGCGAUGCAUGGAGGCUGCUUGGAAAUGCUCCCCGGGUCCCCGGAGCGCAUGAGGCGGUCCCAGGCGACGGACGGGCCACAGCACCGGAGGGAUCCGGCCGGUGAUCCGCAGCUCUGUCAAGCUGCCACACCAUAGGUUCGGCUACAAGAGCACGGCUCGGUUCGGUAUCCACGGAGCGGAGGCAUAUCCUCCGACAGCCUGCAUCACAUCCCCGCGUCGCAGUGGUGGAUACUGUGUAACCUGUCGGGUGGCAUCUAUGCAAUUUAAUUUCGACUUUUCAUUUUAUUAUGAGCACAGAGGAGGGAGAGGCGGGCUCAGCGUGUGGGGAGGCGAGGGCAGACACUAGCAUCAGCCACAGCCACACCUGGGAUGAAGGCGAACCCCGCGGCUCCCAAGGACGUCCCCGCCCCGACGACGAGGACGAGGCAACGCGGGGAGAGGAGGAAGAAGGGGGAGAAGGCUGCAGGGAUGCAUGUGGGGGGAACAAUGGGGGACAUUUUUCCAGUGAGGAUGGGGCGGUCGGGGGCAGAUCGUGCAAGGCACAGGCGAUGCAUUCAAACUGCAGCAGCGAAACCUGCAUCCCCACUCCCAGCUGUCGGAUCUGCUUCCAAGGCGCAGAACAGGGCGACCUGUUGAACCCAUGUCGGUGUGACGGCUCAGUGCGUUACACCCACCAGCAUUGCUUGCUGAAGUGGAUCAGUGAGCGAGGCUGCUGGACCUGCGAGCUCUGCUGCUACCGCUUCCACGUCAUCGCUAUCAACAUGAAGAGGCCGUGGCAGUGGCAGUCCAUCACCAUCACCCUGGUGGAGAAGGUGCAGAUCAUCGCAGUGUUCCUGGGCUCUCUCUUCCUGGUGGCCAGCAUCUCCUGGCUGCUGUGGUCAGCUUUCAGCCCGCAGGCCAUCUGGCAGCGCCGUGACGUCCUCUUCCAGAUCUGCUACGGCAUGUACGGCUUCAUGGACUUGGUCUGCGUAGGCUUGAUUGUCCAUGAGGGGGCAGCAGUGUACAACGUCUUCAUGCGCUGGCGGGCGGUUAACCUCCACUGGGAUGUUCAGAGCUACGACAAGGCAAAGGACAUGGAGGAGACGAGUACCGGCCCUUCCUCACUGUCCCCCAGGACGCUUUGGUUGCCACUGGUCACCUUUGGGCCCAACGGCCCAUUACACCCCACCCAGCUGGGGACGCAGCCAUGGACCUGCCUCUGUUUGUCCCCCUUCUGCCCCCACCUGGUGCCUCGAAACAACCUCAGCCAGGACAGUGACUCAGGAGAGGUUGUUAUUCGUGUAACAUCGGUGUAACAACAGGCAGUAUUUAUGCAGGAACAAACACAUCUGAUAGGUCACACUUGGUGGUAGCUGUGCUUCUCUGGGCAGUUUAUGGUCUCACACACCCUGAUUGUUUUCCUCAUACCAAACGUUUUCCUAAUGACUUCCAAUUGUUUGUCUGGUCUGGGGCCGGUCCUCAAAACAAUCUCAACACUUAAAUCAACUAACAUGUGGUGUUUUAUUUAUUGCCUUUGUGUUUUAUUUUCUGCAGUUUUUCAGACAGACAUGAACCACACUCCCCUCCACCUGUUUUUUUCCCUAAACAUUAUAAAGAAUUCAUGUCAAGUGUGUUAGAAGGCAGUGAUGGGAAAGAUGAUCAGAUUUACAACACACGAGCAUAUUUUCACACAUCUCAUGAUGGUUUAGGACAGCAGAGAUGGCCGUGUCAGAGGUAAUACUGUGCAUGGUCAAUAUGGCACUGUAACCUUCUUUUAGGCACUUCUGCAUUAUGUAGCUUAAGGUCGGGUAUGUGGGAGCUGUCAGUUUCCCAGUCGUUGAUGUGAACAAGUUGGUUAGGUACAGAAUAUUGGCGCAUGACAUGAACGCAGCAUAAGGGCUGAUCUGUACUGAGAUAAAAUAUCUUAAAAACAUAUAAAACAGAUAUUCUGGUAACACUUCAUUUUACAGUACCACAGUUUCUUAUAAUGUCAAAGAAGUGAAAGUGUAGUGGUAAAAUGGAGAACAUUUCCCCACAAUUGGUAAUUUCUAAUUAACAGUAAUUAAUAAAUAAUUAACAUUAACUGGGUUUACUUCGGUUCAAAUAGAGCAGUUAUUUCAAGGAAGUCUUUCUUGAAAUCAAUGACCUAUUUAUAAAAACCAUACUAACAUAAAUACCUGGCUCAGAACUUAGUCUUUCCUUGUAAUUAGUUCCAUAGAAGUGUUGUUUAUAUAUGUUGAGGCUGUAAUAACCACUAGGCUACACAUCAGAAAACAAUUGCUGGAUGGCUGUAAAAUGGUGAUAAAUUUCAUAUUUUAAGAUACUUACCAAUAGUGGUGCAAAAACACUUAAUCGAUCUAACCUGGUCUUUGUCGGGGUGUGUUCAGGCUCAAUGCAAAGCGAAUUUUAGUGGUGCUCCUAUUGCAAUAUUAAGUCAUGACACAUUUGCUCGAGGCAGCGCAGAUUACAUUUAAGUGAAGACUUGUCCACUUGAUUAGAGAAGAGAUUAGAGAUUAGAUUAGAUUCAACUUAAAGUGACAAUUUGAGCACUUCCCAAGGCUACAGGAGCCCUCCGUGAGAAAACCGGAGCAAACUCACACACCUCUGAUAUGUUCAGCGAUGUCUGGUGUGGUGCCCAUUGAUGGCUAUCUCGGUCAGUUGGAGAAACAGUCGACCAGUCAAAGCUUUGUAGGCAUCGUUUGACAUAGCUUGAUACACAGCUGCAUCCAUAAAGGAUCGCAGUAGAGAAAUGGCCACAAAAAUAGUGUCAAACGUGAUCGGUGGAACUGAACAUAUUGUUGUAGACUUAUUGCUUUAGAUCAAAUAAACAAGUUAACUUUGACACUGUGCCCAUUGAAAAUGACGUUGGUGAGUGCUGAUUGGUUAGGGCUACCCAAAACAAAAUGAGCCCACCCUCCUUCCAAGACAUAAAUUAGCUAUAGCUAACAUGAACACAGUGUCAGGCCAAAAAGUGAAUCAAAAGGCAAUUUAGUCUGAUUACCAGGCAAGAUAUUGUAAGCUGGAUAUGGCUGAUACCUACGGAAGCCCUAAGCGGCCAUCGAUUCAUAUCUUUAUUUUACUCCGUUUUCCCGUGUUAACGGAAUAAUUAUCUCGUGAUCUUGAGAUAACAAAACAGUAGUUUAACGCAGGGGUUGGCAAGAACGUUUCUUAGUGUUAAUUUCAAGGUGAAUUAGCUCAAUGAGUAAGUUAUAUAACUUGUAGUUUCAAGAUUGUGAGUUUGAUCCUCACAGAAGACCAACUUAAAAAAAAAAAUCUUAUUCAUCUUCAACAAAGUUGUUAUGAAGAUGACUGAUUCACAUGUUCACAAUUAAUCACGUGCUGGAGUGUGCGCAUCCCGGCAAUUGGUCCACAUUCAUUAACCUAUGGACUUUUCAUUUCCCCAUUAUUCCCAGGCAGAGGAAAUUCAUCCGCUUCUCAUUCUGGGGAAUCCAUUUAACUACACAUUUCCUGAUGGCUAUUUCAGAACCUUUGAAAUAGCCGUCGGGAAAUGUGUGAUUGGAUUCCCCUAAAUCUCUUGAUAACAACUUUGUUGAAGAGAAUGAUUAAAAACACACAAAAGAAGAAUAAAAAAACUUUCCAGAAAAGUCAAACCUGCAUGUCUGCAAGUCUGGCACUCUACCAACUGAACUAAACUCAGUAAAUCAAUGCAAAUAUUAUCACAAACAAACACACCUGCCGCUGUAUUCAGCUAUGGUUCGUUAUCUUGAGAUCAUGAAAUCAUUAUCUUGUUAUCACGGGGAAACGGAGUAAAAUAAAAACAUGAAUUGAUGGCCACUUAAGGCUUCCGUAGAUACCUGUACUGUAGCCUUCAUUGACUGUUUUUGGCUAAUAAAGAAUCUCAUCAGGCUCAGCUGUCCUUAUCAGCUUUAGCUUCACUUUGUCAGCCUACGUACAACUAAGGCUGUCCUUAGAACACUUGGCACGUUAACAUGUUAGCAUGCUACAAUUGGCACAUGAACAUGACUACGGUUAGCAUUUAAACAUAAUAAUGUUCAGUAGAAUAAUGUUGAAUGUAAUUUUGAGAAUGUUAGCAUGCUAACACUUGGUUAUUCUAGGUCCAGAACUGUACUGUAAGAGUUUGUAUAGUUUGGAGUUUCAAACUGGAUCCAAAACAACUUAACUAUGUAGAGAGCUUUGUAUCCAUCACUGUUUCCUUGGGAUAAACCUGCUUUAUGUUUUGUACAAAUAAAACUUACCUUUUAAAAGACCAGAUCUUUCCCAGCAAGCAUUUGACGGGUGGAGAAAAUUUCACAGAUGCAAAUGAGCACAAAAAAUACCUGAUGUCAGAAAGAUAUUGGGGUUUCAGUUUUACACAAGGUGCAGGCAGCAGAAAUGGACAUUUUUAACUUAAUUAUCAGAUGAUUUGUGCCGGUAUAAAUACAGCCGUUGAAAAUUGUGGUUUUGAACUGUCUGUAUACCAUUAUGUUGAGCUUCCAGGAGCCCUGUGGUGUUUGGGUUGUGGGGUUUUGGGGUGGUGGUUUGGGGCUCUGUUCUCGACCUUGUCAUUUGGGUCGUUUGAUUUUUUUUGGUGCCUUAGGAGGCUGAGUGACAACGUUGCAAUGCGCAGCACAGAAAUGACUUGAAUGUGACUUUCCCGUUAGCUGUAUUUCUAUUUAUUUUGAA